GUCGAGUUUUCUCCGACCACUCGUAUGAAGCGCGUCGCCAAUGCCGGGGCGCGACUUGUCUCCUCCUCACUUUCUUCCAGCUACCUGGACUCCAAUGUCGUAGCGCGGAGAGCACUGCAUACCACACUCCCUGCGUGCAAACGCAAGAAAACGCAGCCUGCCUCCAAUGACGAAACUGGGACGCCUUCGCUCUCGCAACGCCUCGCAGCUAUGAGCUCGCAAAAUCUGCAAGCCAAUACGCGUCAGGCGCUCUCAAAACGUGAGGGCGAAAUGGAGGAGACGCUCAAAGCCGUUGGGUCGAUGAUUAUGACUCGCGGUGACGACGCUCAGAAGGCCAAUGCCACCCCAACGAGCAAAAGCGCGAAGAGGAAAGCCAAGAAGCGCAAGGCCGCGAAGAGCAACGCCAAUUGGGCAGCUCUCGAGGGAAUAGUCGGCGGGGGACAUACGCAGCCCUCACCUAGUAGGCAAGGACUGGGGCCAGGCCUCGUCGCAGAGGAGUGGGUCGACAGCUGGGGCGAAGACAAACUCGUGCCGCAUGGUUCUCCUUCCUCAAGGUCGAGUCGGGCGGCCCCACCGCAUGUCCAUCAUCCGCUUCCAUAUACCCGUCGUAUAGAAGGUCUCCUCGAAAAUGACUCGACGCCAACGCUAGAAGAUCUUCCCCCACCAUCGGACCAGAAACCGAUCGCUUCCCUGGCUCACGGACUAGAUCGUGUGCUCUUCAAUCCCGGCGUUCAUUGGAUGCGGGAUCCCCGUUCAAAGGUCUACAACUUUGACCCAUGGCUCGAAGAAGUUCCGGACGUCAGCGACUUCGCGUUUGAUCGCAUUACAGGAUUCAUUAAGAGUUCUCGGGACAAAGAUCUAUGGUCGCUCGCCAAGCGCGAAGGAAAACAGUACGCCGGCUCGACGUCCUCAUUGACUGGCUUGCUAUCGCAUUCAUAUUUCCUGAUAUCGGAGGACAAGGAGGUGGAUACGACGACAUUGAGCAAGCACUUCUCGCGAGAGCCACAGAACUUCACUCCUGGCCAGCGUAUGCCCGCAUCGAUAUUGCUCAAGCAUCGUGAUGGCGUUUAUACCAUUGACUCGGACAAGGACGAUGACUUUGCCGAGAAGAAUGUUCUGACGUGGAUGGGUACUAUGCUAGAGCGUUUUCUUACGUUGAAGCCGGAAGAGUAUAAGCGUCUCACGCGGAGCGCGCAGAACCCUGAUGCUGAGACGAACGAUCCACGGCGCGAGGCAUAUCGAUACGCCAAGUCAGGCAAGAUGGUCAUGCGGUCGCAGCUGGACUGUGCAGAUAGUCGGUUGCCCGGGACAGGUGUCUUUGAUCUCAAGACACGUGCGGCUGUCCCGGUUAGAUAUGAUAUUAUCAACUGGGAGGAGCACGCGGGUUAUCUCAUUCGGUCGCUGCACGGGCCAAUGGAGAGCUUCGAGAAGGAGUACUAUGACCUUAUCCGGUCGGCAUUCCUGAAGUACAGUUUCCAAGUGCGCAUCGGAAACAUGGACGGCGUCCUCGUGGCGUACCACAACACAUCCCGUAUCUUUGGCUUCCAGUACGUCCCCCUGGAAGAGAUGGAAGAACGCUUGUACGGUGGGCCUGGGCGUGGCGACCUCGUCUUCUCGCGCACGGUACGCCUGGUAGAGCAAGUCUUGGCGGAGGUAACCCAGGUGUAUCCCGGAGAGUCCGUCCGACUAACGCUGGAGAAGCUCGAGGGAACCAAGACGAUGCAUGUAUGGGUCGAGCCUGUCGAAGCAAAGGAGGACGACCCGGCAAGGCCGUCAAUUGUACAGCUAAAUAUCGAGGUACAGAACUUCGUUAAUCAAGAGCCAGUCCGCGGGAGCACGGCCGUCAACUCCGACGACAAGUCAUGGAUGGUGCACUACAUCAUCAUGCGUUCUUCUCUCAGUGAGCGUGAGGUUCGGCGCAAACUCAGCGCAGCCAAGGACCGUCAGUGGCGCGCGUACAGCAUGCCCACCGGUGUGGAGAGCCUCGACGCGAUGGAGAAGUGGUGGCAUAACAUGAACUAUGGCUCUGCGCCCACGCCCACGGGUGUCAUCGAGCCGGUGGAGGAGGAUGUGCAGGUGUCGGCUGAACCAGCUGUUCCUCGGGACGGCGAGCUAGAGGCCGAGUCUAGCUCUUCCGAUGCCGGGCUUGAUGCCGAGGCGGAGGCAGAGGUAGUGGUGGACGCCUUGGAGGAGCCAUCAACUCCCUCCCCAUCGCCACCCUCCCGUCGUCCAUUCGACCCGACUCGAUUCACGCCCCCUGACGCUCGAAUUGAGGCUCUCCGCGACAUCUCUCGUCGAGGAGCAGUUGAGCUUGCGCGCGAGCAUGAGCAGGGCUCCGAGAAGGUCGUCUGGGGCGGGCCCGCUCCGCCUCCCGUCACAGUUGCCGAGGUUGCCGAAGCGCAUGCGGCGCGACUCUUGGCGUCCCAGGCUCGCGCACGGGCUUUCGAGACAGAAGAGGCACGGAGCGAAGAUCCCAACGCUGUUCUCGCUGAGGACGUGGUGUCUCCUGUCCAAGAGGUCCCGGAAGCAAGGAGCGAGGAUGUCAAGGUUGCAAUGGCGCUGUUCGACAGUUCCUUGACGGAAGAGCUACAGGAGGCGCUUGGGAUGGAGGCUGGGGCAAAUGAAUUCGAGCCUUAUCUCGGCGGGUUGCCGCCUUCUGCUACGAAGGACGUGCGAGCGAGGAUGCUGGAAGAGAGGAGCGAAGCCCCCGAGGCCAGCGUGGCUACUACAGAUACAUCCAACGAAGCGCCGUCUUCUUCAGAGUCAAGACAACCCUCUGGGGCCUCCGAUGAUCCUGCGCCUUCAUCGGCGGACGGAGUCCACUCCAAGGGGGAGUCUAUCGCCUAGGUUUGCGUGCUUUCGUCCAUGCUUUCCGUCACAAUAUGCUAUGCUUUUGCCCAAUGUCACACUUGCUAUUUCACGUCGCAACUGCACUCACAUCUACUGUAUAGCUCAUAUAGAAGAAAUUCACACAUAGAUCAUGCCUAAUGACAAUCACAAC